AUGAUUGUGAUGAAAAAGUUCAAAAAUUCGAAAGUCUUCCGAAAGAAAGGGUCCCAUCACAAAAAUUUCAGGACCAGUAAAGCUGGCUUCAAAGAUGCUGGGCAAUGUGUUGUUUCUGAUGUUCUUGUGUUCCUCGAAAAAACAUUGGAUUCUCUGUUGUCCCUCCCGAAGAACCUGUGGGUUGAAGUUCUUCAAUUCAUUAAGUAUUCAGUCCAAGCACUUCAGAAUAUAUUAAUGGCGAAAAACGAAUCAAAUGUUUUGGCCUUGUCAGGCAUUGCCAAAAAACUUGCUGACUUUGUACCAGAAUUUCUCCGAAAACUCGGAAAUCUGUUGUCGGCCUCCCAAGAUAUGAUUUCAGCAAUUGGUCAGGAUGAAAACAAUUCGUUCAAAAAACUCCUUAAUAACUCAGCAAAGUGUUUGGAACUACUCUGA